UUUUCCCUCCGCUGGUGGUGGGCGCCUCGCGGGCCGAGGCCCGGCGCCUGCUCUGCUACCCGCGCUGCCUUUAGCGGUUGCCUCCGCCGCCGCUGCCAGGGACGUGCUGGGAAAGCCGAAGCCCCGGGAGAAGAUGCCGGCCAUCCUGGUCGCCUCCAAAAUGAAGUCGGGACUGCCCAAACCCGUGCACAGCGCCGCGCCCAUCCUGCACGUGCCCCCAGCCCGGACCGGUCCCCAACCUUGCUACCUCAAGUUGGGAAGCAAGGUGGAGGUGAGCAAGACUGCCUACCCCAGCCAGAUCCCCCUGAAAUCCCAGGGGCUGCAGGAGCCGGCGGGGGAGGGGCUCCCGCUGCGGAAGAGCGGCUCGGUGGAAAACGGGUUCGAUACCCAGAUCUAUACGGACUGGGCCAAUCACUACUUAGCCAAAUCGGGCCACAAACGUCUCAUCAAGGACCUCCAGCAAGAUGUGACGGACGGCGUCCUCCUGGCUCAGAUCAUCCAGGUUGUGGCAAAUGAGAAGAUUGAAGACAUCAAUGGCUGUCCGAAGAACAGAUCGCAAAUGAUUGAAAACAUAGAUGCCUGCUUGAAUUUCCUGGCAGCAAAGGGAAUAAACAUCCAGGGGCUGUCUGCAGAAGAAAUCAGGAAUGGCAACCUCAAGGCCAUCCUAGGCCUCUUCUUCAGCCUCUCCCGAUACAAGCAGCAGCAGCAGCAGCCCCAAAAGCAGCAUCUCUCUGCGCCGCCACUGCCCGCCGUGGCCCAGGCGGCCGGGGCCCCCUCCCAGUGCCAGGCUGGCACCCCUCAGCAACAGGGGCCGGCCACCCCCCAAGCCCCGGGCCAGCCUCUCCAGCCGGCGACACAUCAGCAGUCAAAAGCGCAAGCCGAGAUGCAGUCCAGUGCAUCAUCCAAGGACUCAUCUCAAAGCAAAAUCAUCCGCUUCACUCUGGGUCAGAAAAAGAUUUCUAGACUUCCAGGUCCCACUGCGAGGGUAUCCGCUGCAGGCAGCGAAGCCAAAACACGUGGAGGGUCAGCCACUGCUAACAACCGACGCAGCCAGAGCUUUAACAACUAUGACAAGUCCAAACCGGUCACCUCCCCGCUUCCACCACCACCACCAAACAGCCAUGAGAAAGAGCCAUUGGCGAGCCCCGCCUCCACCCACCCCGGAAUGAGCGAAAAUGCACCUGCUUCUCUGGAGAGCGGCAGCAGUCCCAGCCCUGCUAACAGCAGCGCAUCCUCAGCCAUCCCACAGCCCGGCGCUGCCUCCAAGCCCUGGCGCAGUAAGUCGGUCAGCGUGAAGCACAGCGUCACGGCGUCCGUGCUCUCGGUCAAGCAGCCUGUGCCUGAGGCCCCCAGGCCCGCCCCCGAAGCCAUGAAGCCGGCCCCCAACAAUCAGAAGUCCAUGCUGGAAAAACUCAAGCUUUUCAAUAGCAAAGGGGCUUCCAAAGCAGGCGAGGGCCCCGGGUCGCGGGACACGAGCUGCGAGCGGCUGGAGAUUCUGCCCAGCUUUGAGGAGAGCGAGGAGAUGGAGGUCACCGCGCGCUCGCUGUCCACGGCAGGUCCCGCUUCCAACAGCCCCAAGAUUGCGCUCAAGGGCAUCGCCCAGAGGACUUUCAGCCGGGCGCUGACCAACAAGAAGAGCUCCCCGAAAGGCAAUGAGAAAGAAAAGGAGAAACAGCAGCGGGAGAAAGAGAAGGAGAAAAGCAAGGACCUCGCCAAGAGAGCCUCUGUGACAGAAAGGCCAGACCUCAAAGAGGGGCCGAAAGAAGACCCCAGUGGGACGGUGCUGACUGAGAUGCCAAAAAAGUCCUCCAAGAUCGCCAGCUUCAUCCCCAAAGGGGGAAAGCUCAACAGUGCCAAGAAGGAGGCUCCGGCCCCUUCCCACAGUGGAAUACCAAAACCAGGGAUGAAGAGCGUGCCCGGGAAAUCCCCAAGUGCCCCUGCCCCUUCCAAGGAGGUGGAGCGGAGCCGGGGUGGGAAGCCGAGCUCGGGGCUCCCCCAGCAGAAGCCCCAGCUAGACGGCAGACACUCCAGUUCCUCCUCCAGCCUGGCGUCCUCAGAAGGCAAAGGCCCUGGAGGGACCACCCUGAACCACAGCAUCAGCAGCCAGACUGUCAGCGGGUCCGUCGGGACCACCCAGACCACGGGAAGCAAUACCGUCAGUGUCCAACUACCUCAGCCCCAGCAGCAAUACAGCCACCCCAACACCGCCACCGUUGCGCCUUUCCUGUACAGGUCCCAGACAGACACCGAAGGGAAUGUUACUGCUGAAUCCAGCUCCGCGGGUGUGAGCAUGGAGCCCAGCCACUACACCAAGAGUGGACAGCCUGCUCUGCAAGAACUCACUGGGGAAGACCCCGAGGCCCGGCGACUGCGGACAGUGAAGAACAUCGCCGACCUGCGGCAGAAUUUGGAGGAGACCAUGUCUAGUUUACGGGGGACUCAGGUCACACACAGCACAUUGGAGACCACAUUUGACACCAACGUCACCACAGAGAUAAGCGGGCGCAGUAUCCUCAGCUUGACCAGCAGACCCACUCCCCUGUCCUGGAGACUUGGCCAGUCCAGCCCUCGGCUGCAAGCGGGAGACGCCCCCUCUAUGGGCAACGGGUACCCACCUCGAGCCAAUGCCAGCCGCUUCAUCAACACCGAGUCGGGCCGCUACGUGUACUCUGCCCCCCUGAGGAGGCAGCUGGCCUCCAGGGGAAGCAGCGUGUGCCACGUGGAUGUCUCAGACAAGGCAGGAGACGAGAUAGACCUGGAAGGCAUCAGCAUGGACGCCCCCGGCUACAUGAGUGACGGGGAUGUUCUGAGCAAGAACAUCCGGACGGAUGACAUCACGAGUGGGUACAUGACCGAUGGCGGACUUGGCCUCUACACUCGUCGCCUGAAUCGGCUGCCCGAUGGCAUGGCUGUGGUGCGGGAGACCCUGCAAAGAAAUACCUCCCUGGGCCUCGGCGAUGCUGACAGCUGGGAUGACAGCAGCUCCGUCAGCAGCGGGAUCAGUGACACCAUAGACAACCUCAGCACCGAUGACAUCAACACCAGCUCCUCCAUCAGUUCCUACGCCAACACACCUGCCUCUUCUCGAAAAAACCUGGAUGUGCAGACUGACGCUGAGAAGCAUUCCCAGGUGGAGAGGGGGUCCCUGUGGUCGGGCGAUGACGUCAAGAAGUCCGACGGAGGCUCAGACAGCGGCAUAAAGAUGGAACCCGGGUCCAAGUGGAGGCGGAAUCCCUCGGACGUGUCUGACGAAUCUGACAAAAGCACUUCGGGCAAGAAGAGUUCGGUCAUCUCGCAGAUGGGCUCGUGGCGCCGAGGCAUGACCGCGCAGGUGGGCAUCACCAUGCCGAGGACGAAGGCAGCUGCCCCAGCGGGCACACUCAAGACCCCCGGAACCGGAAAAACAGAUGAUGCAAAGGUGUCUGAGAAAGGAAGGCUGUCUCCCAAAGCUUCCCAGGUGAAGCGGUCCCCGUCAGACGCAGGCCGCAGCAGUGGCGACGAGUCCAAAAAGCCCCUCUCCAGCAGUUCCAGGACCCCCACUGCCAAUGCCAACAGUUUUGGAUUCAAGAAGCAGAGUGGUUCGGCCGCUGGGCUGGCCAUGAUCACAGCCAGUGGGGCUACGGUCACCAGCAGGUCAGCCACACUGGGCAAGAUCCCCAAGUCGUCUGCACUCGUCGGCCGGUCCACCGGCCGGAAGACGAGCAUGGACGGGCCUCAGAACCAGGAUGAUGGGUAUCUGGCUCUCAGCUCCCGGACCAACUUGCAAUACCGGAGUUUGCCAAGGCCCAGUAAGUCCACCAGCCGCAACGGGGCUGGGAACAGGUCUAGCACCAGCAGCAUCGAUUCCAACAUCAGCAGUAAGUCUGCGGGCCUGCCGGUGCCCAAGCUGAGGGAGCCUUCCAAAACGGCCCUGGGCAGCUCUCUGCCGGGCCUGGUCAACCAAACCGAUAAGGAGAAAGGCAUCUCAUCUGACAACGAGAGCGUGGCUUCCUGUAACUCGGUGAAAGUGAACCCAGCCACCCAGCCCGUGUCCAGUGCAGCGCAGGUGACCCUCCAGCCGGGAGCCAAGUACCCCGACGUGGCCUCUCCCACACUCCGCAGACUCUUUGGUGGGAAGCCUACCAAGCAAGUGCCCAUUGCCACAGCAGACACCAUGAAAAACUCAGUGGUGAUCUCCAAUCCUCAUGCCACCUCGGCCCAGCAAGGUAACUUAGAGUCCCCCUCGGGCAGUGGCGUCCUGAGCAGCGGAAGCAGCAGUCCUCUCUACAGCAAGAAUCUGGAUAUCAACCAGUCUCCUCUAGCCUCCAGCCCCAGCUCAGCCCACUCAGGCCCUUCCAAUAGCCUCACCUGGGGCACCAAUGCCAGCAGCUCGUCCGCGCUCAGCAAGGAUGGCCUGGGCUUCCAGUCUGUCAGCAGCCUUCACACCAGCUGCGAGUCCAUUGACAUCUCCCUCAGCAGCGGAGGGGGGCUGAGUCACAAUUCCUCCACGGGCCUCAUCACCUCCUCUAAGGACGACUCCCUGACUCCCUUCGUCAGAACCAACAGCGUGAAGACCACGCUGUCGGAGAGCCCUCUCUCUUCCCCUGCUGCUAGCCCUAAGUUCUGCAGAAGUACUCUGCCCAGGAAGCAGGACAGUGACCCGCACCUUGAUAGGAACACUUUGCCUAAAAAAGGACUCAGGUAUACUCCCACCUCCCAGCUUCGCACCCAAGAAGACGCAAAAGAAUGGUUACGGUCCCACUCUGCAGGAGGCCUGCAGGACCCCGCUGCCAAUUCCCCUUUCUCCUCUGGCUCCAGCGUCACAUCUCCCUCGGGAACGAGAUUCAACUUCUCCCAGCUUGCGAGUCCCACCACCGUUACCCAGAUGAGCUUGUCCAACCCAACCAUGCUGAGGACCCACAGCCUCUCCAAUGCCGAUGGGCAGUAUGACCCGUACACUGAUAGCAGAUUCCGGAAUAGCUCCGUGUCCCUGGACGAGAAGAGCAGAACCAUGAGCCGCUCGGGCUCCUUCCGGGAUGGAUUUGAAGAAGUACACGGAUCCUCGCUGUCCUUGGUUUCCAGCACAUCAUCAAUUUAUUCUACACCCGAAGAAAAGUGCCAGUCUGAGAUUCGCAAACUGCGGCGGGAGCUGGAUGCCUCGCAGGAGAAGGUUUCAGCUUUGACCACGCAGCUGACCGCAAAUGCCCAUCUGGUGGCAGCCUUUGAACAGAGUCUUGGGAACAUGACCAUCAGACUCCAGAGUCUGACCAUGACGGCUGAGCAAAAGGAUUCAGAACUGAAUGAGUUAAGGAAAACCAUCGAGCUGCUCAAGAAACAGAACGCAGCCGCCCAGGCUGCCAUUAAUGGGGUCAUCAACACGCCAGAGCUCAACUGCAAAGGAAACGGCACCUCGCAGUCGGCAGACCUCCGUAUCCGCAGACAACACUCCUCGGACAGUGUGUCCAGCAUCAACAGCGCCACCAGCCACUCCAGCGUGGGCAGCAACGUAGAGAGUGAUUCCAAGAAAAAGAAGAGAAAGAAUUGGGUCAAUGAGUUACGCAGCUCCUUCAAGCAAGCCUUUGGAAAGAAGAAGUCCCCCAAGUCCGCAUCCUCUCAUUCUGACAUCGAGGAGAUGACCGAUUCCUCAUUGCCUUCCUCACCCAAGUUACCGCACAACGGGUCCACGGGUUCCACGCCACUGCUGAGGGGCUCCCACUCCAACUCCCUCAUUUCAGAGUGCAUCGAUAGUGAAGCCGAGACGGUCAUGCAGCUCCGGAAUGAGCUGAGAGACAAGGAGAUGAAGCUGACCGACAUCCGCCUAGAAGCCCUCAGCUCCGCACACCAGCUGGACCAGCUCCGGGAGGCCAUGAACAGGAUGCAGAGUGAAAUAGAGAAGCUGAAAGCUGAGAACGACCGGCUGAAGUCCGAGUCUCAAGGCAGUGGCUGCAGCCGGGCACCUUCCCAGGUGUCCCUCUCGGCCUCCCCUAGGCAGUCCAUGGGCCUCUCCCAGCACAGCUUGAACCUCACGGAGUCAACCAGCCUGGACAUGUUGCUGGAUGACACUGGUGAAUGCUCGGCUCGGAAGGAAGGAGGCAGGCAUGUUAAGAUAGUUGUCAGCUUUCAGGAGGAAAUGAAGUGGAAGGAGGAUUCCAGACCACACCUCUUUCUUAUUGGCUGCAUUGGAGUUAGUGGCAAGACGAAGUGGGAUGUGCUCGAUGGGGUGGUUAGACGACUGUUCAAAGAAUACAUCAUCCACGUCGACCCCGUGAGUCAGCUGGGGCUGAAUUCAGACAGUGUUCUGGGCUACAGCAUUGGGGAAAUCAAGCGCAGCAAUACCUCGGAGACCCCCGAGCUGCUUCCCUGUGGCUAUCUGGUCGGCGAGAACACGACCAUCUCUGUGACCGUCAAAGGGCUCGCAGAGAACAGCCUGGACGCGCUGGUGUUCGAGUCCCUGAUCCCCAAGCCCAUCCUGCAGCGCUACGUGUCCCUGCUGGUGGAGCACCGGCGCAUCAUCCUCUCCGGCCCCAGCGGCACUGGGAAGACCUACCUGGCCAACCGGCUGUCCGAGUACCUCGUGCUGCGGGAGGGCCGGGAGCUGACUGACGGCGUCAUCGCCGCCUUCAACGUGGACCACAAGUCCAGCAAGGAAUUGCGCCAGUACCUGUCCAACCUUGCCGACCAGUGCAGCAGCGAGAACAAUGCUGUGGACAUGCCCCUCGUUAUCAUCCUGGACAACCUGCACCACGUCAGCUCCCUGGGCGAGAUCUUCAAUGGGCUGCUCAACUGCAAGGACCAGAAAUGCCCUUACAUAAUUGGCACCAUGAACCAGGCUACCUCUUCUACUCCCAAUCUGCAGCUUCAUCACAACUUCAGGUGGGUGCUUUGUGCCAACCACACGGAGCCAGUGAAGGGCUUCCUAGGCCGGUUCCUGAGGCGGAAGCUCAUGGAAACAGAGAUCAGUGGGCGAGUGCGGAAUGUGGAGCUGGUAAAAAUCAUCGACUGGAUUCCCAAGGUCUGGCAUCACCUCAACCGCUUCCUGGAGGCUCACAGCUCCUCAGACGUCACCAUAGGCCCGCGGCUCUUCCUGUCGUGCCCCAUCGACGUGGAUGGCUCCAGGGUGUGGUUCACCGACUUGUGGAACUACUCGAUUAUCCCUUAUCUCCUGGAAGCCGUCCGAGAAGGACUCCAGCUCUAUGGAAGGCGGGCCCCUUGGGAGGACCCCGCCAAGUGGGUGAUGGACACCUACCCCUGGGCAGCCAGCCCACAGCAGCACGAGUGGCCUCCCCUGCUGCAGCUCCGGCCUGAGGAUGUCGGCUUCGACGGCUACUCCAUGCCUCGGGAAGGGUCUGCGAGCAAGCAGUUGCCCCCCAGCGAUGCUGAAGGAGACCCACUGAUGAACAUGCUGAUGAGGCUACAGGAGGCGGCCAACUACUCCAGCCCCCAGAGCUACGACAGCGACUCUAACAGCAACAGCCAUCAGGAUGACAUCCUGGACUCGUCCCUAGAGUCUACUCUGUGACAGGGGCCAGCCAUGGAGCCUGCCUGCCUCUCCCUUCCGUGCCCCGCUCCAUGCGCGUCCCCUGCACCCCCUGAAGAUGCCCUCCUGAGCCAGCCCCCCGGCCGCAGAGUGAGAGCGCAGGGAUACCCAGACCCCUCGUCCUCCAGCCUCGACUUGGGUGCGGGCCUCCCGGGCCAGCCGCCUUGGCACCGUUCCCUUCCACAGCGAGACCUGCACUAUCUCAUCGUUUAUUUUCAUUAUCGUUUGCCUUGUUGCCGUGACCUCCCUAAGACACUGAAGUUACUUCUCGGGAAAGGAUCAUCACCGUUGAAAUGGAAAGGUUUAUAAAGAAAACACACACACAGAAACCAAGAACCCACUUGGAAGCUCUGAAACCCAACAGCAUCGUGCUGCGAGCUGCGCAGAGUAGAGAGACUGGAGCCAAGCUGGAAAUGCGGGCAACACAGCUGCCCCUCCACACCGACCCCCUGGCUGGGUCUUGCCGUGGGCGCCUGCCUCUGCCUCCCCGCCUUCCCCGCGGCUGGCCAUGGAGAGAGCUGGUGCUAAGGGCGCGG